GACAUCGUUUCUGAGUACGUAAUUGUCAACGCCUGGUGUUGUUAGCUACGAUACGAAUCGUCGUCGGGUCUGCUUCUUCUUCACUAUCUAGACUGGGCGAUUCAUUCUAUACCCGUGAAAAAACCCUAGGUCGCAAAUAUGAUGAACCUCUCGAGAUCCGUCGCGUUGAUCUCAUUAUUCCUUCUUCCAUUGCUUAGCUUCUCUUUCUCCGUCGAUAAUCCGACGGAUCGGCGGGUUCUGGUUCUGCUCGACGAUCUAUCACUUAAAUCCUCUCAUUCCAUCUUCUUCAGCACUCUCAAAUCGCGUGGAUUCGAUCUCGAUUUCAAGCUAGCUGAAGAUUCGAAGCUCGCGCUUCAACGGUACGGCCAGUACUUGUACGACGGGCUCAUCAUCUUCGCCCCGUCGACAGAGCGGUUUGGAGGAUCGUUGGAUUCGAAAUCCAUUGCUGAUUUCGUUGAUUCAGGUCGUGACUUGAUCUUAUCGGCGGAUACUUCUGCGUCUGAUCUGAUUCGCGGGAUUGCCUUAGAAUGUGGGGUUGAUUUCGACGAGGAUUCUUCGGCUAUGGUUAUUGAUCAUUCCAGCUUCUCUGUCUCUGAUGUUGACGGAGACCACACCUUGAUUGCUGCAGACGAUUUAGUUAAAUCCCAUGCCAUUCUAGGAAAAACCAAGAUUGAGGCUCCUGUGCUCUUCAGAGGGGUUGCACAUUCAUUGAACCCUACCAACAAUCUGGUUUUGAAAGUUCUUUCAGCUUCUCCCUCAGCUUAUUCUGCUAACCCGAGCUCGAAGUUGUCGAGUCCCCCCCAGCUCACUGGUUCUGCUAUUUCGCUAGUGUCCGUCAUGCAGGCCAGGAACAAUGCUAGGGUUGUGAUCUCAGGCUCGUUGCAGUUGUUUAGCGACAAGUUAUUCAGAUCUGGUGUCCAGAAAGCUGGGAGUCCAAACAAAUAUGAAAAAUCUGGCAACGAACAGUUUGCGACUGAACUAAGCAAAUGGGUCUUCCACGAAAGAGGUCAUCUUAAGGCUGGUAGUCUUGUACACCACAGGGUUGGAGAGACAGAUGAGCCAGCAAUAUAUAGGAUAAAGGAUGACCUGGAAUUUUCUGUGGAGAUACUCGAGUGGUCAGGGAAGAGCUGGGAACCGUAUGUAGCUGAUGAUGUGCAGGUUCAGUUUUACAUGAUGAGCCCAUAUGUUCUGAAAACCUUGUCAACAGACAAGAAGGGUCUAUUUCAUACAUCAUUCAAGGUUCCUGAUGUGUAUGGUGUAUUCCAGUUUAAGGUUGAAUAUGAAAAGCUAGGCUACACUACAUUAUCUCUUUCAAAGCAGAUACCUGUGAGGCCUUACAGACACAAUGAGUAUGAGAGAUUUAUCCCAACUGCGUAUCCUUAUUAUGGAGCCUGCUUUACCACUAUGGCUGGUUUCUUUGUCUUCAGCUUCGUUUACCUCUACCAUAAGUAGAAAAUCUCGUGAAUGGUUCUCCAGUCGGAUAGAGUAAAAUAAAGGCCGACCUUCAUUUCAAUCUUGUUUUUUUUUUUUUUUUGCCAACAAGCAAUAGUGAACACUUGCAACCUUUUUUGUUACCAAGAUAUUUUUAGAUUGAACAUUAGUGAACACUUGCAACAGUUUACACC